UGUUAAUGUGUGCUGACUUGUUUUCUCUGCUACGUUUAAUCGGUGCUCUAGUCUUUGACGAUAUACUAACUAACUAACUAAAUGAACCUACACCAAUAUGCACCAUUAAAGUUGGAGGAGUCCAAAUGAUGACUGUGUGUUCUCUGACCGGAACCCCAACGUGGUCAAUAUCCGAAAAAACCAGUCGCAGAGUUUAAUACUCAAUAAAGGUCCUUCGAGCCGGAUAUAAUUGGCUACAAUGGAAAUGUCAUCAGAGGAUGAAUCUGCGUCUCCAUUCCAUCCUGAUGUACGAGGCCGAUCGGUGAGGGAACGCCGCACCCCAAAACAUCUCGAAGACUACAUCCUUGCCUAUAAUGUGCACCAACCUGCCCUUUCCUCCCCCCUGCCGAGAUGGAGGAGCAGAGAGGAGCAGCAGCCGCAGUGAACAGUAGCCAAGCAGAUGCAUUGCUUCAAAUAGAUGACAGAGUAACCUCACAUCGUGCCACGUCAGUCAUGCUGAAUGUUUCUUCACUCAGGAAACUAAUGGAAUCAGUAACAGUAAAGGAAAAGGAGGAGACAGACGAAAUUACUCGACUUACUGCUAAACUCCGCCAAUAUGAGAGCAGACAACGGCGACGGCAACAGCUGAUAAAACACAUAUCGUCCUUCCUCAUGGAAGAAGAAAUGGACGGAAAUGACCUUCAUACGGACACGGAGCCUUCACCAGCACAACCUCCUUCAGUGAGCAACAGUUGUGCUGCAAUUUCCAUUUCACAUACUCCCUCACCUGAACCAGUAACAAAGCAACUGCACUUUGUAAAGCCUCCACUUCGGGGAUGUAUAACAGCAAGCACGCAUUCAGUGUCAGGGAAUGAAACUAAUAAAGUGGACAUUAUUCCCGCAGCUGCACGUGAGAGAGCUGCUUCCCCACCUACAUUAACACAAACAUUCUCACCACAAUGCCCAAGCUCCCCCUCCUCUGUUGCUUCAUAUAGAAUGGUGUUGCCUGCUGUACAUCAGGAACAACUCCCCAGCCAGGACACAUUAUUACUACGACCAAAGGGCCCCCCUCAGCACUGUGGCAAAUCUGGAGAAUGCAUCCAACCAGCCGAUCAUCAACGCACUACAGCAACCUGUACACCUGCAGUUUCUUCUUACAACCCCUGAAUGUGCUCAGUCAUCCCUUUCCACCUGCAAUACCUGACGCUCACUCAGGUGCAAACGUAACUCAUCACCUCCCCGGACUCACAGCAGUAACAACACCUCAGUACCCAUUAUACACUUCACCACUAGAGGGUAGCAUGCCCACAGUCUAUCAGCCACAGAUGCUGUCAAGUCACAAUGUUCCCCCAUUACCCACUAACUUGUCACAACGCUCAACAUAUGGUGUGUCACAACGCUCAACUUACGGGGUGCCACAACCUAAAAUUCCAGAUUUUACUGCAGAUAGUGAAAGAGAGUUUGCUAAACUCAAGCUUGCUCUUUGUAACCUACUCGAACCCCAUCCAGACUUAAGUGAGAAUUAUAAAUAUCAUGUGCUACUUGAACAUCUCAAGCUUCCCGAAGCACAAAUGAUAGGUCAGUCGUGCCGCCACCAUCCAUACCCAUAUACAGCCACCAUGCAAGCUUUGCAGUUCCAGUAUGGUCAGCCACAUCAGCUUGCUCAAAGCGAAAUAGCUGCCAUUCUGACCUCCCCAGAUGUCAAGCCGACUGAUGCCCGCACCUUUCAGAGCUUUGCUCUGCGAGUCCAUCUCCUAGUAAGCAUGCUGCUCUCCUUAGAGAGACCACAAGGCAUGGAACUGAACUGCUGCUCACAUGUCGAUCGCCUACUUAGCAAGCUGCCAAAGUACCACAGAGAUGGGUUCAUCGAGCAUUUACAGUUACAAGGCAAAUUAAAUGGCACAAGUCUGAACCCCUACAACCUGCAGGACCUAAAUGGAUGGCUUCAAGGUAAAGCACAACAGCAGCGCCUUUCCAGCAGAUUGGUGCAACGCUAUCAACAGGAGAAGCCCUCGGGGAGCGCAACAGAAAAAGAUCCCUUCAGGGUUAAAGGUCAAGCUACAGCUGUAUAUUUUGGAGCAGCGCCAACACGACAGGGUGCCUCCACUAAGCACUCUCUUGCUGACACCAACAAAGCUAACAAAAUGCAUUGUCUCUUCUGCAAUAGCAAGGAACACUAUAUUGGUCGCUGUCAACAGAUCAGAAAACAUUCUGCGGCGCACCUGGAUAAAUGGAUAGUAGAAGAAGGACGAUGCUGGAGAUGUGCACGUGCUCAUGCACCCGACGCAAGUACUCUCAAGAAGCCCUGCAGCGACUGCAAUGGUAUCCACCUCCAAGUUCUCCACAAUGUAGCUCAACGGUAUACUGAAGACACCCAGAUGACUCCCACAGAGAGUCGUGUCUAUUUGACUCCCAGCAUCACCUCAAGUAGAGUGCUCCUGAAAGUUGUUCCUGUACUGCUGCACCAUAAUUCAAAAUCAAUGGAGACAUUUGCUGUCUUAGAUGAUGGGGCUCAACGAACUAUGAUUUUACCUGACGCAGCACAACAUCUACACUUGCAUGGCCAACAUGAAAUCCUUGCCCUGCGCACCGUGCGCACAGACCUUACCCACCUCAAGGGUUUAACAGUUGACUUUGAGAUUUCCCCUAUAAAGAACCCAGGGAAACGUUACCAAGUGCAAGGUGCGUUUACUGCACAAGGUCUGGAUCUGAUGGAGCAGACCUACCCAGUUCAGAGACUUCAGAGGAAGUACACACAUCUACGUGGGAUUUCGUUGAAACCAUUCUCCAAUGCACGCCCCCUAGUGUUAAUUGGGUCAGACAAUGUGCACCUGAUCACUGCCACGAAACCAGUCCGCCAGGGAAAUAAUGGAGGACCCGUAGCCAUCCACACAGCACUUGGAUGGACUUUACAAGGGGCGGAGGAAAGAACACAAGCACAGAGCUCAACACAACAUGACAUCUUGUUUCGUAAUGUGGAAAAGUUAUGGCAACUUGAUGUUUUGCCUUUCAGGAACGAAAAGAUGGUUGUUCGCUCUCGUGAAGAUCAGGAAGCAAUCACCCUAUUGGAGACAAGAACUCAGCGAGUCGAUAUAGAGCAGGGGUCACCAACGCGGUGCCCGCGGGCACCAGGUCGCCCGUAAGGACCAGAUGAGUCGCCCGCGGGCCUGUUCUAAAAAAAUAAAAAAUAAAUAAAAUUAAAAAAAAAUAAAAUUAAAAAAAAAUUAAUAAAUAAAUAAAUCUACAUAGAAAAAACACAAGAUACACUUUCAAUCAGUGCAUCAACCCAAACAACCUCCCCCAUGCACACUCAUCCACACCCACUCACACAAAAGGGGUUAUUUCUUUCUGCUACCAAUAUUCUGGUUCCCACAACAUAGACAACACAUCUGCAAGGGACACAGUCCCUGAAGCACACAUGAUUGUAUAGGCUGCUGGUCCACUAACAUUUUCAUUAAUUACUAUUUUUUAUGUAAUUAUUUUUAUAUUGUUUUACUUUCUUUUUUAUCCAAGAAAAUGUUUUUUAUUUAUUUAUCUAAUUUUAUUUUAUUUUUUAAAAAAGGACCUUAUCUUCAACAGACCAGGUUGUCAAUGAAAUUAGAUUUGUUUGAAGGGUUUUUUAAACUAGGCCCAUUCCAGAUAAUGUCCAAGUCGGACUCAGCAACACACACCUUCAUUCAUGUACACAGAAACAAAUUAGGGAACACAACAGAUUGCAUAUAAUUUAUAAACAAAAUUACAUUUUCAAAAUAAGCAUUUAUGUACAGUCCAGAUUAUGUCCAGGUCACUCAAAUUAGGGAACACAACAACAGAUAUCAUAUAAUCUAUAAACAUAAUUAUACUUUCAAAAUAAGUCUUUGAGGACUUCUCAUCUUUUUUUUAAUGUUUUUUGGCAUCAUUAUCGUUUUCAACCAUGUAACUUUCUAAAGUUAGAAAAUACUGAAUAAAUGUUUUAAAGAGAGUAAUACUAAGUGAAUAUCUGUUUUUGGCCUCAAAAAUAAACAUUUUACCGAGUACUAUAAUUAAAUUGACUAAAUCAUGAUUGUCAAUGAACUCUCCUAAAAUAACAGAAACCACAUUAAGCUUCAUAAACACACCAAUUCUUAAACACAUUUUUUUUCAACUUCCACCCAAAACAAAGACACAAUAUGACAAUACCAAAACAAAUGCAGGGUGGAUUCAGGCUCCUGACAACAAAAUCGGCAAUCAUCUGACUCUGUCAUAUUCCAUCAUUUUAACAUUUUCCCUUUGGGUAAGAAGUUAUAAAUAAUUUUAAUUUGAAAAUAACGAUUUUGCACAUCGAUAGUGGUUUUAUAGAUUAGUUUGAAUAUGGCAUCCCAUGGCAACGGGCAGUCAAAA